UUGUACUCUGCUACAGAACAGAUUCGUGUCGCGCGGGCCUUUAAUCGAUAGCUUUGCAACAAUCUUUCCAAAAGAUGGUAGCUCACGGAAUUAAAACAAUAAAACGAAGAACAAGAACAAUUGCCUCUAUCCAAACUCGGAUAUACUAACAUUCAAGUAACUUCCUCAUAGUUUGAAAGGUGUAGCCUAUUUCUUUUUUUCACUACUAUUGCUCUCGAAGGUUUACAAGAGCAAGCUCGCGCCAGUCGGAUGAAUUCGCCAAACCAGGACGAAGAUGAUGUGCCCGUUAAAGACCCGGUAAAAUACGGAGAGUUGGUCAUAUUGGGGUACAAUGGUUCUCUGCCCAGUGGGGACAGGGGGAGGAGGAAGAGCCGCUUCGCUCUGUACCGGAGGACCAAGGCCAACGGAGUCAAACCCAGCACUGUUCACAUCCUCAACACACCACACGACAGCAAGGCAGUCCACAGCAGAGGGCAGCACAGCAUCUCCUUCACUCUGUCCCGCAACCAGACAGUGGUGGUGGAGUACUGCCACGACAACGACACUGACAUGUUCCAGAUUGGGCGCUCCACAGAAAGUCCAAUAGACUUUGUUGUGACGGACACUUCAGGAGAGGGGAAGGAGGGUGAGGACCCCUCGGUGGCCCCCAGCACCAUCUCCCGCUUCGCCUGCAGGGUGGUGUGUGAACGCAACCCCCCCUACACCGCACGCAUCUAUGCCGCUGGCUUCGACUCCUCCAAAAACAUCUUCCUAGGGGAGAAAGCCACUAAGUGGAAGAACCCGGAUGGCCACAUGGAUGGUUUGACUACCAACGGGGUGCUGGUGAUGCACCCUGAGGGCUUCCCUGAGGACAGCAGACAGGGUCUAUGGAGGGAGAUCUCUGUAUGUGGGGACGUCUACGCCCUCCGAGAGACACGCUCCGGACCCAGCCGAGGAAAACUGGCGGAGGGAGAAAGCAGUGCCCUUCGUGAUGGUUCUCUGGUGGACCUGUGUGGAGCCACUUUGCUGUGGCGUACUGGAGAGGGCCUGCUCCGCGCUCCCACCCUCCGCCACCUGGAGGCACUGCGACAGGAGCUCAACGCUGCCCGGCCACAGUGUCCUGUAGGCCUCAGUACCCUGGCCUUCCCCAGCUUGCCACGCAGCCAUAGUCUGGAGGAGCGCCAGCCCUGGGUCUACCUCACCUGUGGACAUGUGCAUGGCCACCAUGACUGGGGCCAGCGUCCGGAGCGCCGGGAGGAGGGAGGAGAAGAGGGGGAGGAAGGGAUCACAACGGUCCGCCGGGAGUGCCCUCUAUGCAGGAGCGUAGGGCCCUACGUGCCCCUGUGGCUGGGGUGUGAGCCCGCCGUGUACGUGGAUGCUGGAGCUCCCACAUAUGCGUUUGUACCCUGCGGCCACGUUUGUUCGGAGAGGACAGCCAAGUAUUGGGCGGAUACCCCACUGCCUCAUGGGACACAUGCCUUCCGGCCCACCUGUCCCUUCUGCUCUGCUCCUCUCAGCAGCACCCCACAGGGCUGGACACGCCUCAUCUUCCAGGGCCCUAUCGACUAGCUCGGGCCCCCGGGAAUGGAGACCACAACUACUACGCAAACGUGGAACCAACCAUGUCACUAAGCCAAGGGCCCAAUCCUAACUUGAGAUAAUAGUGCGGAACUAACGUGAAUAUUUCUUCCAUUUACACUGCAUCCUUGAUGUAUGAUUUUAGACAAGUGCGUGUAACUUAAACAUCUUUGUAAAUCAUGUGUUGAUGUCAGUUUAGGAUCUGUGUGGAAGUUUAAGUUAGACUCACGUUUCUCUCAAGGUAAGAUUUUGUCCAUAACAGAACCUCACUUCAAAAGCAAUAAGAACUCCACUAUAGCAAAGCAUUACACUCAUAGAUAAGCUAGUUGUUCCGUUAGUCAUCCAUGUUUCCAGUUGUCUCUUCAGACAUGGCUGAAUGUUGUCUGCAGCUCAAGGGCUAAACCUGGGGUAUGUUGAAGUCACUGGAUGUUCAUAUUUAAUGGUUUCCUGAAAAUAAUGGUUAAUGGUUUCCCUCUCAGCCUAAUUUUGAACCAAAAAUGUAAUGAUGCUUCCAAAGUUUUUGAUUGAAUAUUCCAUUUGACAAAAUUUGAAUUUUUCUGAAAACAAAACAUUGUAAUAUUGCGAAGCGGUUCACCUCGCAAUUACCAAUAACUUACUUUAUAGUAGCAAAGAUAAGUGAUGUUUGUGAACAUUCUGCAGUUUGACCACACCUCAGGUUGGGAACCAGUCAGACAGACAAGGUCUUUGCCAUGUGUCAAUAUAGCAGAAAGAUCAAAGGCUGUGACCGAAGGUAACCUCAUAAGACAACAGUUUUUCAAUUAAAAUGUAACUAUUUUAUUAAAAUUGGGGAUGUUUGGGAUGGGUUAGGAUUUUAUUUAGAUGUUAAGAUACAACUAUUUUUUUAUCUUGAGUAUUGUUUUUAGUUAAAUGUGAUUUGUCAAUGUAAGUGUUUUCUAUAUGUGUAUGAUGAUGAUUAUUAUUAUUAUUAUGUGUGUUCGAUGAAACUGGGAGAGCUUGUGAGUGUGAGAAAAUUGCCAACACUGUGUCACACAACCAUAAAAAAUUGCCCAGACAAUGAAUGUAGCCAAAUACUCAGGCUAUACUAGCUUAGCCUUCCAAUGUGCUCGUAUUGAAUUGUUCUAUAUUAUGCUACUAUUUUUUUAUCUAAACAUCAUGAUAUAGCUGGAACAUUUCAAAUUGCUUCAAGAAGAUGAACCCGUUAAAUAACAUACCUACACUACUUCUCGUUUAUCUUGCAUGAACACACACACACACAUCUUGCACUGUGCCAAACCUUGCAUUUAUGCUAAAUUGUACACAGUGUUACAUGUUAAUUAUACACGGUACUAAAUGCCUCAAGUGAAAAGAAAUGCUGGCGAAGUGAGCAGUCCAACAGAAAUCUAUAAUUUAAACAUGUUCUUUCCCAUAUAAGAAAUGUACACGCCUACUCAGCUGCUAUUCAGGGACAGAGAACAUGCAGUAGAACCGACAUGAUGUAGUUAUCUAGAAUAGAGAUAAUCGUGUCAGCUCUAUAUUACCUUUCUAUGAUGUAUUAACUUUUUCAGGUUUACAGCCGUC